UUUCCUUCAACACAACCCAAGAAUUCACAUUCCUCUCUUAUGCAAAGCCUAUACCUAAAUCAAGAAACCAUGAUAAGUCCCAAGAAACUCAUCCACAUAGCAAGAAAAUGGCAAAGACAAGCUGCCCUAAAGAGGAAAAGAAUCUCAUUCCCAAGCGUUAGCCAAGUAGCAAAUAAGGGCCAUUUUGUUGUCUACACAGCUGAUAAGAAACGUUUCGCGUUUCCUAUGUUGUAUCUUAAUAACUAUGUUUUCCGACAGCUUUUGGCUAUGUCUGAGGAAGAGUUUGGAUCACCUGGUGAUGGACCUAUCAUAUUAACAUGUGACAGUUCUUUGAUGGAGUACGUAGUUCACUUGAUCAAACGAAGAAUUGAUAGAGAGAUGGAAGAAGCAUUGCUUAUGUCUCUUUGUAACAGUAGUAGUAAAUGCUUGUUGUCUUCUUGUCUAUGUCAAGAACAAAGUAGUCACAAAUUAUUAGUGUGUAGUUUCUGAAUUUGUAUUCAUACAAAUUUUAUACAUCAAUUCUCUU